UCCUCGCUUGCCUUUUCUUUGAGACGGUGGCCCAGCUUUCCUCGCUCACGUGGUGGCCGCCGGGAGGGGAGGGUCUGUUUGCUGGUUUUCUUUCUGGCUGAAAAGAGGGGGAGACCGCCUCGCGCGAGGCGAGAACCGGUGCAGCUUUCCUUUCCUCCCUUUUUCUCUUCUCUCAUCCUUCCUUCAGCCCCAGAUCGGCAGCACUCUCAGGAAGGACUUCCUGCGAGCGCAGCCGGCUGGGGGACGCUAGCUUGAAAAGCAAGAAAGUGCCGGGCUGGUGUUGGUUUUCGGCUUGGCAAGAGAACGAGAACAGCCAGCCAGUUAAUGAGAACUAUUACUAAGUAGUUAUUCAAAAGGAUUGUGAUUCGAAAUAAUGGAUGAACAAUCACAGGGCCUCCCAGGUCCUCCUGUGUCUCAAUUUCAACCACAGAAAGCCUUACGACCUGAUAUGGGCUAUAAUACUUUAGCCAAUUUUCGGAUAGAAAAGAAGAUUGGGCGUGGACAAUUUAGCGAAGUCUACAGAGCUACAUGCUUGUUGGAUGGUGUGCCAGUAGCUUUAAAAAAAGUUCAGAUAUUUGAUUUAAUGGAUGCAAAGGCACGUGCAGAUUGUAUUAAGGAAAUUGAUCUUCUUAAGCAACUGAACCACCCGAAUGUAAUCAAAUAUUAUGCAUCAUUUAUUGAAGACAAUGAACUAAACAUCGUGCUGGAAUUAGCAGAUGCUGGAGACCUUUCUAGGAUGAUCAAGCAUUUUAAGAAGCAGAAGAGGCUGAUCCCAGAAAGGACAGUUUGGAAAUACUUUGUUCAGCUGUGCAGUGCCUUGGAACAUAUGCAUUCCCGUCGUGUCAUGCAUCGAGACAUUAAGCCUGCAAAUGUAUUCAUUACUGCUACAGGAGUAGUAAAACUUGGAGAUCUUGGCUUGGGAAGAUUUUUCAGCUCUAAAACCACAGCUGCACAUUCUCUAGUGGGAACACCUUAUUAUAUGUCUCCAGAACGAAUCCAUGAAAAUGGGUAUAACUUCAAAUCAGAUAUCUGGUCUCUAGGAUGUCUGUUAUAUGAGAUGGCUGCCUUGCAAAGUCCCUUCUAUGGUGACAAAAUGAACUUGUAUUCUUUAUGUAAAAAGAUAGAACAAUGUGAUUAUCCACCCCUUCCGUCAGACCACUACUCAGAAGAACUGCGACAAUUAGUUAACAUCUGCAUCAACCCAGAUCCAGAGAAACGACCAGAUAUAACCUAUGUUUAUGAUGUAGCAAAACGCAUGCAUGCCCGCACAGCUACCAGCUAAAAGACUUGCCCUGUAGGAGGAGCAGCAACAAGUUAUGAACAUUUAAACAUUGAUAUGCUUUCUCCCCAAUUUUUUAUUAUUGUCUAUUGCUUUAAAUUUACUUAUGUGCCAAUAACAUAGUCACACCUUUGUUACAGAAUUUACAAGUAAAGACUACUUAUAUUUUUAAAUUUUAAAGUAUUAAAUAGUUUUAAACAUACGUAAAUUGUUACAAAUUAGAGUAAUUGCAAGUCAUUUAUAUGCUAUACAAUUAUUGAAUAAAGAGGAAAUGUUUUUAUAUAGUUUUAGCUUUUGUAUAACAUGUCUGAGUUGCAGGUUUUUAUAGGAAGAUAACUUUAAUUUCUACACGCAAAAUUAUAAAUCUUGAAUGUUGUAAUAAUUUAUGGAUAUGAAUAUGAUGAAAGCAUAAUUACUGAAUUUAUUAUUAAUUAGUAAAUUUAUUGUUGGUUUUAUUUCUACCCCUCUCCCAGGAAUUUAAAAAAAGAUUUUUUAAAAAAUAAUGUAUAGUUUUGCUUAUCAAAAAAUGUAUAUUUAUUCGACAUUGAGCUUUAAGGCAGUUUCUGAAGUGAAAAUGUGGCUUUUUCAUCUGUUUUUUUGGCAUAUUGUCCCACACUGGCGAAACAAAGGAGAAGAAAUCUGGUCAAAUUGUUUGUUGUCUAGUCUUGUACUGUAUUAUAAACCCAAUCCCUAACUUCGAUUUCAACAACUGAGAAUUUGCACAAUGUCUAGGAGUUAGAAUCAGUCAUCAGGUUAGAAGGGAUGUUGAGGAUCACCUGAUCCAGUUCCCUUCUUCAUUUGUACUACAGGUUUUCUCUAUUAUCUCUCUGAAAAAUGGCUUAAAUAGAAAGGAGCACUUAAUGAUUCCCAAGUCAGCUUGUUCUACUGCCCUAAGGUUCAAGUUUGUAGCUGUAGUGUGACUAUUCUCCAAAUCUGUGGCUACUAAGGGUAAGCUCCAGUUAUAAAUUAGUUUUCAUGUCAGUAUUACGUUGCUAAACACAUACAAUUAGUACACUAGUAGAGAACUUAACUUUGGGCUGGAUAGUUAUGUAUGUUAAUUGCAUUGGCAUAGAUGACUCCAAGAACCUAAGAGAUUGGGGUUUAAAAGAAAUUUGCUUUGAAGAACAGUAUUUCCUACACAUUGGAUGAACCAAGGAUACUUUCCGAGCCGUGAAAUGUAGUUUCUUCAUAGCAACAUCCGGCCAUUGCUGAAAUAAUAGAAAGCUGUCCACAUUACUGUUACUUUGGCACUCUGAUGCUUGGAUGGCUAUAGAAAAUAUUACAGAAGUCGCAAAAGGCGUUAUGUGUAAUAAUAAAUAAUAAUCCCAAGAUAUUUGAAAUAUGAGGGAUACUUAAAAUAAAUGACCAUCAUUUGGAAGAUCCUUCAAAUUAUUUACAUAGGAUAACGUUCCCAUAUGCUGUGACUCAUAAUGCUGAAUGGAGGCCAUUGUGUAUUUUUGUUUAUGCAAUUGGAGCCUAAUGAUAAAGUUAUAUUAUGACUGUGGUUAAGACUUGGUAAUAGGUAACUGCUGGACAGGAUUUGAUAUGAAUUAUCUAUUUCAGUGAAGGUAUCUGCUUUGAAAAUCCUUUAUUAAUUUAAAAGACAAUAAUAGUUGGCUGGAACUAAAAAAAAAAGUUUUGAAUUGGUGAUGUUUUUGUUAGAAUCACCUGAAAUGAAAUAGAUCAAUAAAGCAAAUAAUAGUAUUCUAUCAUGAAAGGGAAGAAUAGUAAUUUAUGAUAUCAAGAAAUUAUGUAGAUAAAGGUUUGAUUAUUUAACAUGUUGAAGAUCAUAAAUAAGGCUUCCCCAAGAUAGUGUCUCCCAGAUGUUACACUGAAGUUCUCAAAAUUUGCAUCUAACACAUUGCAAACAUUUUGAAAUUAAAGAAACAUACAGAGUUGAAAUCCAUGAUAUCAUAAGAAAGAGGUAAUGAAAAAAGGACACUUUCAAUCUUUCAUUGUGAAUAUUAAUCUUAACAGAUUAGUACCAAUUCAUUUAUUUCAGUUAUGUUCAUGACUAUAAAAUGUAUGUCAUUUCAUGAUUACAGCCAGUCCUGGUCUGUCCUUCUUGCAAUGAUCUAAGUAAAACAUAAGAUACAUGCCCAUCUGUCUCUUAAAAGUUUAGCAGCAUUGUCCAUUUCUCUGUUCCUGCUGUUCUACUUUAGCUAGGUGACUGAUUUUUUUUUUAAUCAGGAUUUUUUUAUACAUGAUUAGUGGGAAUAAUGAGGUCUGAUGGUCACUAAUUGGACAGAUAUGAAACUCAUGCUUUUUGUUGCAUCAGCUUAUGUUAAUUUGGUUUUAAAUUCUAUCUCCAGUAAUAUUUGGAGUAUAGUUAAAACUUUAGUACAGCAUCUAGUCACAGAAGCCAUGAGGGAGAAACUUGAAAUUCUGCCUUCUCCCUUAGCGCAUGUUUGACUUCACAGGAAAUUCAAAGAAAAUGAAAAAUGCUAAUGUCUGUAAGAUUCUUAAACUUUUUUUUGCUAUGAAUAAAACUAACAUAAUAUUUGUUAAAACAUUGACUAAAAUAAUAUGCCAGUCCCUUAUUCCCACCACAACAUUCAUGCUUUCCUAUGCAAAAAUACUUCAGAAUUCUGUAUUUUUUUCCCCAUUGAAGAAGCUGUAGCAUUUAAAGUAGCAUAAUCUUCAUGUGGCCUCCUGGCAUUGCAUAUUUGAAAAAGAGGUUUACUGAAUUCACUCCAAGUACAUGGCAUUAAUUUGUGUGUGUGUGUGUGUGCAUGUAUGCCCACAUGCGCAUAUAUGGCUACCUUACACAAAAUACUUUGGGGAAUUGCUUCUAAAAAUAAAUGUUGGAAUAAUUAUGACAUUAAUUCCAAUGAAAACCAAAGACAUAUUUGUAAAACUUUCUGAUAUUGGUCAUAAAGAUGUGGACUGAGGAUGUAAAGUAAUUGCACAAGUAUGAAAAAGUUACUGGUUUCAUAUAUCUGCUGUUAUCAUCAGACAUAGUGGAUAGGUUUAAGUCUUGUUAAAAGCUUGCCCCAAUCCCACUACAUACUGGCAAAGCCAAGAUCAAGAUGAUCCUUUUAUUUUUAAGGAUUAUCCUUAAAGCAUGAUCAAGAUAAUUCUUUCUCCUCCCUAGUACCAUCCCUUUGUAUAGAAUCAAGUCACUGUUCGGUGGCACAGAAAUCCCAUUCAUUCAUUGCAGUAAAUAAUGAAGUUCCAUCCAGAACAUUGAUAUACUGAGAAGAGUUGUGUCAAAACAUGUUGGACUAUAACUCCCAUUGUCCACAGUCAGCCAUAUUAGGGAAUGUGAGGAGGCAAAUCUUCGUAGGCUAGAAAUUCAAGACUGGCAGUAUAGGAUCUUCCAAAGCCAUCAUUGGAUCAUAAUGCUUUGCUAAGGGAAGGACCCAUCAAACGGUGCUAGAGCAGUGUAAGAGCCAUUAAAUUUUAUUACCUUGGAACUAUUAAUGAUGCUUUGGAAUAUAAAACAGAUUUCUUAAUAUCUUCAUUUGAUAGGGAGAGGUGUGUGUUGGGGGGGGUGGUAUGUCAACCACCUGUUUGAUCUCACCCAAAUAAUAAAAAGUAGUAACUUGCAUAAGAGGCCAAAAAAGAACUCAAGUUCUUGACAAUAUAAGGUAGGACAGUAUAAGGUAGUAGAAGCUGGGCCAUUUCUGCCUCUGGACCUUCAUUCUUGGCAGAUCUACCCUAAGUUCUAGUCCAAGACCAAUAAGGCUCCUUGGCAAGACCCAGGAAAACAACUCAAUGAUGAUUCUCUUCAUCAUUGCAGUACUGCAUCUGAGUUGCAUAUAUCUGGAAAUUACCAGAUGGCAGCAAAGAGCAUUUUUCUGUAUUGUUCAGCUGCUGUCUAGUAAUGUUGAUUUUUUUACAGCGGAAAUUGGGUGCUCAGCUCUGUCCAAGCUAAACCGUUUUACAUUCUUAGCAAUUGCUAGGUAACAAAUGCCUUAAUUUUUCUUCUGCACUAUAAGAAAAUACAUAUAUUUUCAGAUUCCAUGUAUGGGAACUGUUAAUACAUUUGCUGUAUUUAUUUUAACCAAGCUGUUUGUUUCUAUUCUAUAUACUAAACAAAACAUAACAUGCAUAGUUUUAUAUCCAGUAAUGUAAUAUUUGUGGCUUUAUGAAUAUUUGUGUUGUGUUUGAUUUCUAAAUCUGCUCUUGCACAAUGAUUGUACUCAGUGUUUGGAAUUUUAUGUUGUAUCAUAUCAUAAUAUAAAGAACACACAUAAAAUAUAUGGUAAAAUAAA